AAUCUGCGAAAUCGCCGUCCUCGAUGCCAGUACCGUCAGUUCCGCGACGCGCUCUUCCGCCACGCAAGAAGACACCCAAGACACCUUCAACCCCGGCCAUGCCCGAGCCUGCGCCCGAGCCCACGUCGUCGUUGGAACCUACGAAUGUCUUGGGUGCUUCAGUCCACGUGAGCCCUUCGGCAUACGGGGGCGAGAGCAGCGUCACAGAGGCGCAAGCCACGGCCUCUGGCGAUAGGCAGGAAGAAGUCGGCAACGUGAACGCGAGCGCGGAAGAUUACUUCGACCACUCUGUAGCCCUGGCUCACGACAGGCCUGCGGUGGUUGCUACAGCUUCUACUGAAAUCCACGACGAUCCCAUCGCCGAGGAUGACGUUGCUGAAGCUGAGCGCGCGACUUCCCCCUCGUCCGACGCACGUCCCGAGUCGCCCGAUGACCCCGAAGUCUACUUGAAACCCAAACGCGACAUCGAGCCAGAGCCAGCACACGACCCUGAGCUUGCAGUUGAGCCUUUGACUCCACUAGCUGACGCGCCCUCUGAGGACCCAGCCGGUGAAGGCCAGCGGUCAGACGAGGUCGAAGACGAAGAAGACGAGGCGGCGCGGCGCCAGCGCAUUGCUCAACGUCUUGCGCAGAUGGGAGGGGUCAAUCCACUCAGCGCGCCACGGGAGCCCUCCCCCGAGCAUGAGGAAACAGGCGAUGUACCACGGAAGAGUAGCCUCGAGGCUGCUCCUGGAAACAGAGACUCGAAUGUCCCCGUGCACAACUUUGAGCCCACGAGCACGCCAUCAGAGCCGCGAGGCAGUACCGAAGGUGUUGGCUUGGUGCGCAAGACGGUGGGGGAUGAGAUUACUGAAGACGGUGAAUACUAAUUGCUUUUCCUGCAACGACACUUGGCACGCUUCGCAUCUUCUUUGGAUCUAUGUAUAUAAAGACAGCUCUGUUGAUGAAAUUCUGUCCUCAGAUUCUAUUAUC